UUGCAGUGCUUCACUGCAUUUUCAUAUUAAAUCAUUAUUUACACUGUUAGCAUGUCUUAUUAGCCUUAUGAACAAUUAAAAAGUAACCUUUUAUCAACAAAUUUAAAUAUAUUUUGAUGAUGAAUACCCCACUGUAGCAACCGAAUAUUUCUAUUUUUACACGUCAAAUUUUAGUAAAAAAAAAAGCAGAGAGGAUCAAAAAUUGCAAAAUUUCUUAUGUAAGCUCUUGUAUUUUGAUGUAAAUUAAAUAAAGUAAAUAUGCUAGCAAUUUUUUUUUACUAAAAACUAAAUAAUAACGCAAUAAAUAGAUUUGAACUUGAAGUUUAUUCAAGAGUCCAACAAAUAUGAAACCUCUAAAAAUCCUAUUCGUUUGCAUUGGUAAUACGUGCCGCUCACCAAUGGCGGAAAGCGUAAUGAAACACUGGCUGGAGGAGUAUGAUCUCAACUGGAAGGUGGACAGUGCUGGUUUGAGAACGUGGAAUGUUGGACGUAAGCCGAAUGAACGCUGUAUUAAAGUACUAGAGGAGAAUGGUUUAACAACGGAUCAUAUCGGUAGACAAAUUUCAACAAUGGACUUUUAUAAUUAUGACUACAUACUUGCCAUGGAUGAACAUAAUUUGCAAGAGCUACAAACGCUUGCCAAAGACCCAAGUCAAGAAAGAUGUGCAAAAAUCGAGUUGCUCGGGAAGUACAUUGACCGGACGGAAGACCAAAUCAUACGUGAUCCAUAUUUUUGCAACUCAAUGGGUGGCUUCCGUUGCGCGUUUCUACAAAUAACUGAAAGCUGUCGAAAUUUCAUAGCCGCACACAUGUAUACCGAUUAGAACUACUAAGAAACCAAACAAACAAAAAAUUAGAGCGUACUUAAAGUUGUGUAAAAUGAUACUCAUAAAUUUCAUGUAAAAAAUUGUAAAUCGCACGUGCUAUAAUUUAUUUCAUAACAGUAAACAAAAUAUAAAUAUAA